GGAGGUUCGACUGUGACUGUCGGGCUUCUGAACGCAUGCAUCCGCGCCAAUGGGGCGUCCGUCGACGCUCCUCGACCGACUCUGCAGAGAAGCACAAGGCCGGUGACCUGCGGCCCGACAGCAUCAUGAGGACAUCCAGCAGCUCCUCGUCCUCAGACCGCCGCUCAUCACACUCCUCAUCCGACUACUACUCUGCCGAUCACCACAGCGUCGACUCCCGCACGUCCUCGGACUCUCAAUCAUGCCAUCCUGCGUCGAUCGCACAUGCCCUCGACUCCCCUGUCCCCAUCAUUCACCGCAACUCUGCUGGACUCAUACAGGCCGGCACCCUUCACGGACUUGUUGGCGAGCUCAUCGCCCAAGCUAAUGCCCACUCACAAUCUGUUCCCCCACAACAAGACCUGUUUACGUCGAUCUUCCAUAUCUAUACCGACUUCACCACCCCGGAACGCAUCAUGCUCAGCAUCGAGAAACACUUCAUCGAUGCAGAUACCCUACCUCCCUCGGACCGCGCCAACCUGCAGUUUAACGUGCUCCAACUCAUCCAAAGAUGGGUAGAGAAUGUUCAGGUCGCGCCGGCCAUUGCAAUUGUUGACCGGAUGGCCGCGCUUGCGCGACGCGCACUUGCCUCGCCAAGCACUGCAGCCCAGUUAGAUCGGAUAAACGCCGCUGCUCAUGCCGUUGAACAACGUCGUGCUUCUCUUGCCUCUCGUGUCAGAGACGGCGCUUCGUCUCCGCACAACGGCAGUGGCGAUAAUGUGGCGCGUAUUCCCAGCGUAAGCUCGGGGCAAGGGAUGACGCCCAGCGUCAAGCCCCUGCGCGCUUCGGAGAUCACGCCGACUGAGCUCGCAACCGCCUUGACCCUCCUAGAGGGAGAACGGUAUCGCAGCAUCAAGCCCGCAGACUAUAUCCGCUACCUAAAGCAGCGACCCGCCAGUACAGCCAGUAGCUCGAAUCCCAGCUUGGGUGACGCCAAGAAGCUUCGUGGCGUGCAAGCAAUGUCGGCCCUCAAUAAUGAUAUCAUCCAUUGGGUUAAGUUCUCCGUGCUGGACCCAGAGGGAGUAGAGGCACGCGCGUCUGCAAUGCUCUUCCUGAUCAACACGGCAGAGGAAUGUCGUCGAUUGCGCAAUUUCAGCUCUACUACUGCAAUAGCGAACGCCCUGCAAUCUUCGCCUUUAGAGCGUCUCCGGUACACACGACAACGAAUACCAGCCACUGCCCAGCGCACCCUCGACGAGCUCGUGUCAUUGCUAGAUCCCAGUUCAAAUCAUCGUGCUUACCGGGCGGCAUUGCGACAGUCCCAUGAAUGGCCAACGUUGCCUUGGUUAGCCGUUCACUUGAGAGAUCUCAAUGCAAGUCUCGAGCGCUACCCGCAAGCCAUCUCGGUCACACCAGAUGGCGAAGCCUUGCUCAAUUUCGAGCGCAUCGCGCGAGCAGCUGCGUGCAUGGGCGAACUUCUUCCAGAUCCGUCCACGCUCGCGGACCGACGACCACUUCAUGAGUCGCCCCAUGCGCCCGCUAUCGCAUAUCUUAGACGUGAGUUGCGCCACAGCGCACGGAGCAGAUCGAACGAGGAGUUGCUUGAACGCGCGCAAGCGUUAGCUGAGUCGGAGGAGCAAGCUCACCGUGCUCGAGCACGAGAAUUGGAAGGUCUUGGAUUCCGAGUGAAGUAGUUCAGUUUACGAUACCGACUUCUCCUACCAUUCUGCGCCUGGGGCUCAAGCAUUCACGUUUUGUAUUACACCUGUACUUACCCUCGUCAUGCAUGUACUCUUACUCUUCACCUUAUCAUUAUUCCAUCACCCCGAUGAUUUGUCCAA